UUUUUUUUUUUUUGGUUGUCUGCCUCUCAUCUUUCUUUCCUUUUACUUUUUUGCAUGUGGGAAAAAGUUGAGUCGAAAGUAUCUACCAAUUGCCACAAUCCCCAUUAUCUUCUUUGCCCGCCCCACUUUUUAUUUUUAAAAGCAGUAUCAAGGUUUUUAUUUUUAGUGCCUAUUUUGUUUUACGAUCGAUAGUCUUCCCUUGCUUGGUCCCGGCGGCUGCUGAUCCGCGGAGUGGCGUGGACCUCAUGUAGAAAUGACAGCCAUGGAAGGGGCCAGCGGGUCGAGUUUUGGAAUAGACACGAUUUUGUCCGGUGCCGGUUCCGGCAGCCCCGGUAUGAUGAACGGAGAUUUCCGCCCUCUUGGUGAAUCUAGGACCACGGAUUUUAGGAACCAGGCCACCCCAUCACCCUGUUCGGAGAUCGAUACCGUGGGAACGGCGCCCUCUUCUCCAAUCUCGGUCACCUUGGAGCCCCCGGAACCGCAUCUCGUGACAGACGGGCCUCAGCAUCACCAUCACCUACACCACAGCCAACAGCCACCGCCGCCGCCAGCCGCGGGCCCCGCGCAAAGUUUGCAGCCUUCGCCCCAGCAGCAACCACCGCCACAGCCACAGUCGGCAGCCCAGCAGCUGGGCUCGGCCGCCUCGGCCCCGAGGACUUCCACCUCUUCGUUUCUAAUUAAGGACAUCUUGGGGGACAGCAAACCUCUGGCGGCUUGUGCGCCCUACAGCACCAGCGUCUCUCCUCAUCAUACACCGAAGCAGGAGAGCAACGCGGCGCACGAGAGCUUCAGGCCAAAGCUGGAGCAGGAGGAUAGCAAAGCCAAGCUGGAUAAGAGGGAAGACUCCCAGAGCGACAUCAAAUGCCACGGAACAAAAGAAGAAGGAGACCGGGAGAUUUCAAGUAGCCGAGAAAGUCCCCCUGUAAGAGCCAAGAAACCUCGGAAAGCCAGAACAGCUUUCUCGGACCAUCAGCUCAACCAGCUAGAGCGUAGCUUUGAGCGGCAGAAGUACCUGAGUGUCCAGGACCGCAUGGACCUGGCAGCCGCAUUGAACCUCACUGACACACAAGUCAAAACUUGGUACCAGAACCGCAGAACCAAAUGGAAGCGGCAGACCGCAGUGGGCCUGGAGCUGCUGGCCGAGGCUGGGAACUACUCCGCUCUGCAGAGGAUGUUUCCGUCGCCUUAUUUCUACCACCCAAGCCUGCUGGGCAGCAUGGACAGCACCACGGCGGCCGCGGCGGCUGCGGCCAUGUACAGCAGUAUGUACCGGACUCCUCCGGCACCACACCCGCAGCUGCAGCGGCCGCUGGUGCCCCGUGUGCUCAUUCACGGCCUGGGGCCUGGGGGACAGCCGGCCCUCAACCCGUUGUCCAACCCCAUCCCAGGCACCCCGCAUCCCCGAUGAGGAAGGAGGGACGGUGCAGCAGCCCUCCAGAUUCUCAUCCCGCCCCAGGACAGCUACCCCACUCUCCCCGCA